AUGAAACAGACCCCACAAGAUGAACUCCUUUUUACAUCUGACUCAUCACAAGAAGAGAUUUCACGAAUAGAACGGGGAAAGUCGUCACAGAAUCAAAACUAUGAAAUAAUAGAAGCAUCCUCAGACGAUGAUGAUGCUGAUGAUGCUGACGAAGUUGACACUCAAGAUCAAGGAUUUUCAAUGUCUUCCUUUGGCCAAAGCAGUAUGUCAAUGUUAAACAAAUCGAGAAGCUUCCUAGCAAAUGCCGGUAGGCCAUUACGAACGCCCACAAUAUUUGCUCCACGUAGUCCAAAAAACUACAGACCCCUCAGAAAAAGCCGAAGUGCGGAUGACAUGCUGGGCCCGAGCAACCAUGGAGGCACUGAGAUGGCAUCAUCUCCGCCUUCGCCACCUUCUUCGCAUGGGAGAUCACAAUCUCAGUCGAGAGAUGUCUUCAGCACGCCAAAAUACCUGUCCAAAUCAGAUUUGAUGAUGAAAGGAAGCAGUCACCAUACAGACGACACUUUCCAGUUCCCCAGUCCUUUUGCAGCACGCCAUAGUAUGAACUUUGGUGACUUUUCGCCAUCUAUCGAUAUCAAUGAGUCUGAAUCAUCGGUUGCAGCAACAAAUGAUGACCCAGUGCAAAGAAUAAGUAUCAGAAGAAUAUCAGAAGGUGACGCUUUCCAAGCAAUCUCAGAUAUCAACUUCUCAUUCCACGAGUCCAUGGACUUGGAGGACGUCUUCCCCUCGGUCUUUGAUGAUGAUCCACAUCGACCUUCUAGUUCCAUGCCCGAAAUGCAGAGUCCACUUCCCUUGCAGUCGUCUUCAUCUAAUGGAAAGAGCGGCAACGGGUCCAGAGGAUCAAGUUUUGAACACGCGAUGGCGAUCGAUCCUUUUGAAGACAGCUGCGUAGAAUUUGCACCAAUUUCACCCGCGAGAGAGCCAAUGACAACAUCAGCAUCCUCCCAACUGGUGGAUUUGGAGGCAGAGAUGCAAGCUCUUCAAAAACACCAUAGACAAGAAGUAAAUGAUUUGAGAUUGGAGGUCGAAACAGGCAAACGAAUCAUUGGUUCGCUAACAAAACAAGUACAGGACUUGAUGGCAAGGAACGAAAAACUAUCUCGACAGAACGAUAGGAUGGCAAAGGAAUCAUCUGAAAGUUAUCGCCAUCAUAAUCGUCAAAAGAAAGUGGCCCGUAUCGACAUGAUGGGACAUGUCACUGAGUCACCAGACUCGAGUCCUUCCAUACAACAACGACAUAAAACAGUAACGACAUCUGAAAAGAGACAUUCAAAAGCAAAGGCAGCCAAACGAAAGUCCAAGAAAGGGAAGAAUCACCGAAUUAGUGCUGAUGAUGAUAAUGAUAUUGCCUCGACAAGUACUAUUGAAACACUAAUGUUGGACAAUCAUACAACUAAAAAGUCCAAGAAGCGCUCUUCCAAGGCUAUUGGUACAACCAAGAAAAAGAAACCAAAGAGCAAGCGAAGCAGUAACAGGUUAUCGACCUCGUCUGCUUCGUUAGAAGCGGAUGAACACCCUUUGUCCCAAGCGAAGCUUCGACAAUCGAUGAAAGGUAAAACGCAAAGACAUAGUAUUGCAACAAGCUCACAUGAAAAGGGGGUCAAAGGAACCAGAAGGUCGUCCUCUAGACUGUCAGAGACCCUCGAACACAUCUGGGCCUUUGACUGGAAAGAUCCAAUAAAGCUGGAAGAAAAACGAGAUUCUUCGCAAAAGCGGAAUCACCAGACCAAAUCCUUGACACAUUUUAAGGAAAACCUUGAGUCUGUGGGAAAACUACCAAAGAGAAAAGGUAAACGCAAGACCAGCAAAGCUAAACAGGGUACCGGUACAAACGAACCACAAGAUGAUUCGAUGAAUCCCACUGAUGCCAACCUCAUAGCAACCACAGCAACGAGUCCAAAAAAAGCAAAAAAGAGCAAUCGGAGUGCCUUUGAGGUAGUGACUCGCUUGCUCAGUCCAAAAGCUGAGAAACGACGGAAACGAACAAAGACAGAGCUGCUAGACUCGUCGCAAGCAGAUUCGAAUAUGGUCCAGCUACCAGUCACCAUUCCGGAUUUGUAA